AAAAAAAUGCAUAACAAAAGUCCUCUCUCUUUCUCUCUCUAAAAAGCUCACCGAAAAACUCAGCCUAUCUUUUGAGAAAUGCAACCAAAAACCCUAGUAAAACACCAGCAAAAACUCCGGAAAAGACUCUCCGAUCUCAAUUGGAGCCUCGAUUGAGACGAUCAUCUCAUGCAUUUCGCUUUUCGAGAAGAGAGAUAGAGAGAGACGGUUGUGAGAACUCAUUGCCGUUUGUUGAAUUUAUUUGUUAAUUUGUUUUUCUAUUCUUCAUUUUUUUGGGGAGGCUCGGUGUAGAGAUGUAUAAGAACCAGCUCCAGGAGCUGGCGCAGCGGAGCUGCUUCAAUCUGCCGGCCUACACCAGCAUCAGGGAAGGCCCCGAUCACGCGCCGCGCUUCAAGGCUGUUGUUAAUUUUAACGGCGAGGCGUUUGAGAGCCCUAGCUACUGCUCCACGCUCCGCCAGGCGGAACACUCUGCCGCUGAGGUGGCGCUCAAUGCUCUCGCCUGCCGCGGACCUUCUAACUCGCUCGCCGCCCGAAUUCUGGAUGAGACAGGUGUAUAUAAGAAUCUAUUGCAAGAGGUCUCACAAAGAGUGGGAGCAUCUUUGCCUGCUUAUUCGACUUUCAGAUCUGGUCUAGGUCACCUUCCUAUUUUUACAUGUACUGUAGAGUUGGCCGGCGUGAUAUUUACUGGUAUGCCAGCCAAGAACAAGAAGCAAGCAGAAAAGAAUGCUGCCAUGGCAGCUUGGUUAUCUCUCAAAUCUCUAGUCCAACAAACCGAGCUUCCUUAUGAAAGGUCCCAUAAGGAUGAGCAGGAGCAUGUGACGGUAGCUCGUGCGCUGCAGAAGUAUCUAAUAAAGGCUAGAUUGGCAAGAACAUCUUUUCCAAUAAAAUUUCCUACACUAAACCUAAGGCCAUUGAGUACACAGCCGUCUCCAAUUACAACAUCAAAAAUCCUUCCCUUGAUAUGCCCGAAAACUGCUCAACGCAACCGGCCUAAUCCAGCCUUGAACAACCACCCCACAUUCCAAAUGAAUGUCAGGCCAACAAGCCAGCCAAUGGUUACAGUUCCUAAUGAAAGUCAGUCAUCGUUGGCGGAUAUCUUCACACCCCGACCUCAGAAGUUUCCUGCAGCAGGAGCAGCACCCUAUAUUCCUGUCAGGCACUGCAACCCACACAGUAGGAUUGCACCACCAGUGACAAUUCGGAAUAUGAUUCCUGUAUUCUCUGCACCACCCCUUCCUUCACCGCAGUCCUCAUUAGCAAUGCGGCCGCCUCCUUUGCACAUGGCACCACCCGUGUCUAUUAGACAAGCUGUUCCUGUAUUUGCUGCUCCAGUUCGGGUGGAUGAGGUGUCUUCAAUGGUGCAUCCAUCUGUUAAAGUAGAGGAUCCUCGGAUUCCCAGACCCAUUACACCUCAAGUAGAGGAGCCACUAUUCUCUACAGCUGUACAAGGUACGCUAGACGAUUCACCAUUCUCCAAGCUCCCUCCCUUUCUAGUUGAGGACCCUUUUGGUUAUACAAACCCUGCUCCAGCUGCACCAAUUUCUGAAGCUCCGACAGUUCAAGACGACCUAGCCACAACCAAAGCUCCCACAGUUGAAGUCAAACCUCCAGUACCAUCAGUUGAAGAGACGACGUCUGCUGAACAGGACAAGCAGCUGGAGCCAGCUGAGGCCGAAAUUAAAGGCUUGGAAGAUCUGAAGAUAUGAUAGUGGAACGGCGAGCUUCAUUCAGUAAGGGUUACCUAGGUUUUGGAAUCUCUUUUUUUUUUGCCUGUUUCUCUUUUUGGUUUCACUUAUUCUGUUGUGGGGAGAAUUCUUCUGAUUCUAAGAGUUAAAACUUCUCAAUUUGUCUGAGCGAUGUUGAGAGUACAUGCUUUGUUUGUCUGUUGUCUUAGGAGACUUAAUUUAGCAGUAUGCAGAAACGAACCUUUUUCUCUGUGGCUAUUAAGUAGUUACAUUAGAUAUAUGAAUGUUACUAAAUUGUUCCAAUAA